AUGUUCUCUCGCGUUGGUUUGUUUUUUGCACGGCGGGUUGCUGUCCGUGCAGCGGCACAGCAUGGGUAUUUCCGUUUCCGCCGUUUGACGGGCGUCGUCGGCGGUGCAACGGCGGCAGCAUUUCUGGGCAGUGCCACCGCUGUGUCAUGUUAUUCGCUUACACAGCAGAAAGGUACAGUUAAGCCGCCGUUCGACAUCAAGGCACUCAGGAACGACAUUGAAGAUAUUAUUUCCAACGACAUGUCGAAAGGACCUCUUUUUGUGCGUCUUGCGUGGCACGAGGCUGGAUCUUGGGACAAGAGGAAGAAAGAUGGGAGUCCCAAUUCUGCUUCUAUGCGCUUCCAACCGGAGUGUGACUAUGCCGGUAACAAAGGUCUUGACAAGGCACGCAAUACAUUGGAACCACUCAAAAAAAAAUAUCCGGGUAUCUCAUACGCCGACCUGUGGUCAUACGCUGCAGUGGUGUCCAUCGAGGCAAUGGGUGGUCCCGCGGUGCCGUGGCGUUGGGGUCGCGUGGACGCGAAGGACGGCUCUGCCUGUGGUCCUGACGGACGCCUUCCUGACGCCGCCAAGACUCAGGACCACGUGCGGGAGGUCUUCACACGUCUUGGCUUCAACGACGAGGAAACAGUGGCGCUGAUUGGCGCUCAUACCUGCGGUGAAUGUCACCCAGAGAAUACCGGUUUUGUGGGACCCUGGACCCACGAUAAGUACGGUUUUGACAAUUCACUGUUUACGGAGUUAUUCGCCAAUGAAUGGGUAGUGAAUCCCAAUGUGAAAAAUUUGCAGUUGAUGGACAGGGCGACGAAGCAGUUGAUGAUGCUACCAGCAGACAUGUCCCUCCUUCUCGAUGAUAAAUAUCGGGCCAUUGCAAAGAGGUACUCUGAAGAUAAUGAUUUGUUUUGCGCCAGCUUUUCGAAAGCCUUCCAAAAAUUGCUGGAGCUUGGUACAAAAGAUCUCGAGUCUGUCCCGGCGCAGUUGACAUAA